AUGAGACCACCACAGCUCAUCCUCCUCCUACUUUGCCUUGUAUUCCUCCCCCUCCUGCUUACGACCUUAACUCGCCGAUCUGCGGACCCAGGGCACGCUGCCGGGUCCGAUUAUAGAAAUUACAGAAGCAAAGUAGGACGGAUACGAGACCUGUUCUUUCACGCGCCUUCAUCGUUAUUCCCGCCCUCUGCAUUAAUAAGCCUGACGGACGAUAACUCGACGUUUUUCCUCGCCCGACCUGCUGCAUUUGGCCCCCUCCUACCCUCGCGUGGUCUUGACGGACAGUUGUGGAUUGGGAGUGGGUUUGGAGACGAUGUCGGCCACAAGGGAGGGGUUACAACGAAAGCUGAAGGAGAACUAGGCUGUUCCGAUGUUCCGGGGUGGGAGGAAGGAGAUAGGAGUGCACAGACGGGAGCUGGCGGUCGUCACGGCACAGAUAAGUCCAAGUUACAAGACCAACCAACUCCUGGAGGACUCGAAGAAGAUGGGAAAAGAAGCAAUCAGAAACGAGCUGCUACAGUUUUAGCACGAAGUGAUGGGAAGAAUAGUGGCUUGCCAACAGAAAAUGACGGGACGGAUGACCACCUUCACCAUUCACUAGGCGACUCUGUGUUGCCUGACCGAAAUAAUGCUGGAAACCACGGUGGUGAGAAGACCAAGCCGCCAACCCAUGCCGAUAUACAAUCGCUGCAAGAGAGUGCAGAGAUUUCAGGCAAGGUGGUUCUACUAAGCCGUGGUGGCUGUGGUUUUUUAGAAAAGACAAAAUGGGUACAACGAAGAGGAGGGAUAGCCGUGAUAGUUGGAGAUAAUGUGAGUGGUGGAGGUUUGGUUACGAUGUACGCUCAUGGGGAUACAUCAAAUGUGACUAUUCCUGCUGUUUUUACUUCUCACACCACAGCACACCUUCUAUCGUCACUGAUUCCUGCGGAUAAGGGUCAUGAAGGCGGGUCUCCAGGGUCUAAAUUGAAAGGGCCAGGCAAUGCAGGGAAACAAAAGACGAAGCCAAGCAGCGGUUCUAGUAAAGCCGGAAUCUCCAGUGCUUCUUACUCAAAGUCUAUAAAGACAAAACCGUCCAAACCGAAGAGCACGCCAUCUUCAGACAAAGGGUUCCUUUCAUCCCUUUUCAGCUUUUGGAAAGAUAAGGCGGUCCAUGAGGACAGCAGGCGACCGCCUAGCAGUGGCAAUAUCGAUUGGACUUCACCAGGUGGAAAGUUGGAUACCGAAACGCCUUCAAAACCAGGGCAAGGCUCUGCCCAUCAGGAAAAAGACAAAAACACUGUCCCGGCACCCUCCAAGUCAGAUCCUCACCAGAACAGUGAGGACGACUUCCUUAUUGGAAUUCAAGACUGGCGCGAUCCUGACCUCGUUUUCAAACCCACUUCAACGGCUGCCGGUAAACCGCAGCCCACAGGUCCCAAAGGUCAAGACAGCAAAUCAAACAACCGGGAUGGCUCUAGCUCUAGCCCUGAUUCUAAUGGCUUCAAGGGUGGAAGCAUUACCCCAGGCAGUGGUGAAUACGCCCAUCAAGACAAGUCGACCCAAGGCAAAGGCAAACCCAGCAGCUCCAGCAAACAGCCAUCCACAUCGAAGUCUGGAUCUGGUAACCCUGAAAAUGAUCGGCAUUGGUGGAACGGUCACUUUGGCUGGGGAGAAGAGAGCGACAACAAGAAUCAUGCACCAUCAAAUGGGAAUAAAGAUACACAAAGCAGCCGAGGAAGCCGGACCGCCCACAAUAAUCACGGCGGCAAGAAGUCGGCGGAUAAGCCUGAACACGAAGGCUUAUGGGUUACCCUAGCUCCGACGAGCAUGUCUACCAGUCCAUUCUUCGACACCCUUUUAGUUUUGGUGGUUAGCCCCUUGAUAACCCUCACCGUUGUCUAUGCACUCCUCCUACUUCGUUCCAGGAUACGCCGACGACGAUGGAGGGCGCCCAAAGCCAUCGUUGAUCAACUUCCCGUCCGAACAUACCAUACAAUUACAAGCAACUCCAACUCAAGUACGCCUCCCCGUACAGCAGUAGCGGAAUCUGCCACCCCUACAUCUCCUCUCCUUGCACGCUCUGAUAGUAGAUCUCAUCUCCCCGCCCAUGGGGGUGCUACAGCGUCAAAUUCAUUACCUAAUAUCACGGCUUUCUCAGCCGGUACUGAGAAAUCCAAUUCUGGAUCAACACUAUGGCGACGGAAAUAUACUGGUCGCCAGGUAGAAUGUGUUGUGUGUCUUGAAGAGUAUGUCGACGGUGAAAGCAGGGUUAUGAGUUUGCCCUGCGGUCACGAAUUUCACGCUGAGUGCAUGUAA